AUGGCUUCCUCCUCCUUGAUGUCAAAUACCUUCCUAGUUCCUCUCUUCUUGUCCUCCUUGCUUCCCCUCCUCCUUGAUGUCCAAAUACCUUCUAGUUCUCUCUUCUUGAUAUCACUCCUUGGCUUCCCCUCCUCCUUGAUGUCAAAUACCUUCGUUCCUCUCUUCUUGUAUCAAUACCUUCUAGUUCCUCUCUUUGAUAUCACUCAUGACUUCCCUCCUCCUUUGAUAUCAAUACCUUCUAGUUCUCUCUUCUUGAUAUCACUCAUGGCUUCCCUCCUCCUUGAUGUCAAAUACCUUCUAGUUCCUCUCUUCUUGAUAUCCUCAUGGCUUCCCUCCUCCUUGAUUUUCUCUCUUCUUGAUAUCCUCAUGGCUUCCCUCCUCCUUGAUGUCAAAUACCUUCUAGUUCCUCUCUUCUUGAUAUCCUCUAUUUCACUCUUCUUGAUAUCCUCUUGGCUUCCCCUCCUCCUUGAUGUCAAAUACCUUCUAGUUUUCUUCUUCUUCUUGGCUUCCUACUCCUUGAUGUCCAAAUACGCUAGUUUCACUCUUCGUGCCUCCUCCUUGGCUUCCCUCCUCCUUGAUGUCAAAUACCUUCUACUCCAAUGUCACUCAGCAGCCCCCUCCCUCUUGAUGUCCAAAUACCUUCUCGUUUGGUUCUCAUGGCUCCCUUCUUGUAUCAAAUGUCAGUUCUCUCUUCUUGAUAUCACUCAUGGCUUCCCUCCUCCCUUGAUUUUCACUCUUCUUGAAAAUGUCCUCAUCCCCUCCUCCUUGAUGUCAAAUACCCGUAUCUCUGCUUCCCCUUCUAUUCCUCUUCUUGAUAUCCUCCUUGGCUUCCCCUCCUCCUUGAUGUCAAUACCUUCUAGUUUCUCUCUUCUUGAUAUCUCCUCAUGGCUUCCCUCCUCCUUGAUUUUCACUCUUCUUGAUAUCACUCUAUGGCUUCCCCUCCUCCUUGAUGUCAAAUACCCUUCUAGUUUCUCUCUUCUUGAUAUCAUCCUCAUGGCUUCCCCUCCUCCUUGA